AUGUUUAAAAUAAUUGUUUAUUUAUUUGUAUUUAUUACAUUGUUUGGUGUAUAUGGUAUAUUUGGACAAUUCAAUCCGACAGUUCAUCUGACACUGUUGAACAAAGAGAGAAGUAAUGCAAACCUUACUUUGUUGGCAUACAGUGUUUGUUUGAAUAAUGCAGCACAAGCUCAUUCAAACUUUAUGAGUUCAACACGUAACCUUACCACUGCCGAUCCACACGGUGGAUUGUUUCAAAUGGUAGAUUACUAUGGACAGGUUGAUGUCCAAAAUGUUGCCCAGAAUAUUGGAAUGGGAUACAGAAAUGACCAACAACUCAUUGAUACAUUCAUGAAAGGUUCACAAAAAAAGAACAUUCUCAACCCUCGAUUGACAAGUGUUGGUGUUGCCGUCUCUAAAGACCAAGAUGGAUAUCUAUAUUGGACUCAAUUCUUUGCAAAUGGUGCCUGCUAUAUGCAAAAUUAA